CAUAAAUUAUCAAGCAACCCGAUUAUUUAUAGAGUAGUAAGGAAAAGUUAGGUGAAUAAACACUACGUACAUUUAUUUGUUCAGAGAGACGAAAACCAAUAAAACUUACUCCACUUGAAGAUAGUAUUAUACAACCUAAAAUAAAUAUAUAUAUUUACUCUAGCAAAAGGGAUACAUUGAUUUUCAAAAAUUGAUUUUCAAAAAUUUCUAUUGGCUUAAAGUUGUAAAAAAAUUGUUAUUCACAAAAAACAAUGCAUAUUUAAAGAGUUUUCUUAAUACAUGUGAAAAGUCUAGAAUAUGCAUCUUUUAAAAACAGAGGGAUGAAGUAGAAAAAUUGAUUGCCUCGAAGUUAUAUACUCCACUGAAGUAAUUAAUAUAGACAAUGUUGCUUAAAAGGCACUGCAUGAGACGGAUAUCAUCAAAUGCGUUUCCUUAAGGUCUUCAUCUGUGUAAAUACUAAAUUUCAGGACUAAGUAAUUAGAUGAUACUUAUAAGAGAUGGUUGACAGUUAGGGUUUUAUUAGUUAACUCCUCAUUUGUAGACAUCCCAGUUGAUUAACUUUUAGCUGGUAAGUAGAUCGAUGAACUAAUAGCAGGCCAAUAAUGAAUUCAUAUCACCAACAUGGUAUAUCGAAAAAGAGGUUGUAAGACAAGUAAUCAAGUUGAAUCUUGGGAUCAGUGAAAACAUGUGCUGCCCGACAUUAAAAAUGCAUGGAAAUGAAAGAAAAGAAGGUAGAUAGAUAACAUUAAAGAAGAAUGAGCGAUUGCAUUUAACAGCGUGGACCUUGACGCAACAACAUUAGUCUAUGUAUGUAUACCCCCAUAAGUUGCCCACUUAAAUGUUCAUGCAACUUAUAUACUAAUUCUCAAACAAAUACAAAAAUCCUUGACAGUCUGUCUGAUGUGUACUUUUGGUUUGGAAGAAAUGAAACACAAAAAUAAACAUUUGCAUUUUAUUAGUCUAAAAAUUUAAGCAAGACUCGAACGGUUUCGAAGAAAAUCAAUUAAACUAAGUAUACAGUUAAGUUAUGAAUUGAAGUAGUUAUCAUAAUAAUAUUAAGAUGCGUGUGAUGAUGACAUGAUAUGAGUAUGUUUUUUCUUUUCAUCGUGACCUUUUUAGUGGUAUCCGUCCGUCUUUGUCACAAAUAUCUCAAUCAAAAAAAUAAAAAAUAUAUAUCUCAAUCAAUCACAAUUAUUUACACCUCAAAUUCAACAGGUUUUCAGAAGCUGACAGUGACAUUAAUAACUCUGUGCAACGCUGUCAUUGUUUUCUUUCAUGUGCCUUGUUUUAGCAAUAAUAUCUCUACAUAGAACUACUCUUUUUAAUUCAGUAUAUCAAGAUUCUAAACAUUUUACCAAGAAAAAAAGUCUCUCUGAAUUUUUACUAUGUACAUUGGCUAUUUGUCAGAUUGGAAUAACAGAGUGAAUACAUUUAAUUUUGUGUAAGAAGUAAUUUUUCUUAAAACAAAACUCAUUCACUCAUUUUCUUAGCACAAAAACAAUAAAAAAAUUCAUAUAUUCAUGUCAUUAAUUUGUGUAUGUGGACGAACCUAGUCAACAGAGUGUGUCAGAGUGUGUGGGAAAACCUUUUGACCUUUUGAAUCGCUAACAAACAGAUGGUAACGCUUUAGCGUUUGAAAAAACAGUUGUGUUCUUGUUUCCAACUUGCCUCUUUGAAAGAAUACUGGCUCACAAAAUAUCCUAGUUUUGUUGAUGCAAGCAACACAUUAUGACCAGGCGGCUCUAACUAGUUUCCAGCUAACUUUGAUGCAAAACCUAAAGGGGUCCAAUCCAUUCUGAAUUGAUCCGUCACAUCAACUCCUGCUUUCUUUUCACUGUUCAAUAAGAAGAAGACGAAUCCCUAAAUAUCACAAUGAAGCAUAAACUCUGACUCUGGGAGUGAUGCUACCUUGGCGUGCAAUCAAGAAAUUGCAUUGGAAUGUUACUAUGGAGAUUGGAGUAAUGGCAAUGGAAUGAGAAACAUAAUUCUUUUUACUCUCCCAUUAUAUGUUUUUUUUCUUCUGAUAACUAGUUCAUGGCAUCCUUUGUUCCUCUCUGUUGGUUAACAACAACGUUAUUUAUAGCACAGUUUAGAGAGAGUUUAAACUCAGAAACUAGAAUGGUUGAUUCUUUUGCCUGAUGGAACGGACUCAUGUAUAAUACCAUCGGGAUCUUCGAUGAUAUGUUUUUAUGAAAAAAAGUAAAAAAAAAAAGACAAAAACAAAAGAGGGAACAACGGUCCAAAUAUGAAAAGAUUUAAAAGUACAAUUGGCUAAUCAUAUGAUUAAAUAAAGAAAAGGCAAAAACAAAACAAGGGAGAAAACAAUAGUCCAAAAAUGAAAAUAGAGGGAAAUAUUUUCAAGUAGAAGUACAAACCUCUCAAUAAAUACAACCAAUCCCUCCCACGUCUCUUCACAACAAAAAAAAUAACAAAUCAGAGAAAAUAACUCUUUAACAAUGGGCGAGUUCGUAGAAGAAGACUUCGUAGAAACUUUAUUUUACUACCAUAAAACAAGUGAUAUAUAUAAGGAAUAAUAAGAACAUAAAUUAAAAUUACAAUACCGAAGUAUAAGAAUAAAAAAGAAUUACCGAAUCGAGAUGAUUAAUCUCUUUCCUUAAAUCUUUAAACUCUUUGUAGUGUGACGGUUUCAUAGCGUUCAGAUUCCCAAGAUACAACUGCAACGUUGUUUCUGCUUACCAUCACCAAAAAAUAGAAUCUAUCGAACAUAACUUAGUGUUGUAAAAAAAAAUACUAGCAUAACUAUUCUAAGUAAAAGAAUGUGAUUUGUUGUUGUUGAAAGUUUCUUUUUUCUAUAAUGCUUACAAGCUCUUUUAUAGAAAAAUAAUGAGAAACACAAAUUUCAUUCUUCAACACAAAAAUAAAAUUUUCAUGGUGCACUAAUGGAGACUUUAAUUUUUGUCAAUUAGUAUGUGAUUUUAUUCCAUAUUUUGACCAAAAAAUUAAAGAGUAAAAUUAUUGUUUUGACCAAUGCAAACAAAAUAAUAUACUUUAAAAUUGAUUUUUUUUUUAUCAAUAUAAAAGAUCAACAUAUAUUUGAUUUAAGUUAAUGAACAUGAAGUCCAACUAACAAAUCAAAAAGCCAAAUCCAAGUUCAAACAUUCAAUGAGUGUAUUUGCUACUUUAUACAAGUUUUUCAAAUCACACACAUUAGACCUCCAUUUUUCAUAUUGCUAAAACUUCAUUUUGACAUAUGAAUACAUUAUUCACAAGGUUCUUGUACUCAACAUUGUAGAAAGACCGUGGGGAAGCUUUGACAAUACCUUGGCCUCCAAGUAAGACCUGAACUAACCAUCUUCUUUGCUGCAUACUUCGACCAAGUCUGUUGGAACUAUUUUUUGAACAUUAUGAAUAAUAUAUUCAUAUGUCAAAAUGAAGUUUUAGCAAGUCUGCCCGUUACUCCCUCAACCCUCCGGCAUUAGCUGGCCCUUGACGCCAUCAUGAAGUCAGGACAUCACUUAUUUCCUAAGCGACUCCUCUGGAUCUAAGAUUCAUCUCGCACCAUGAACACUUGAUAUGAAUAGAAAAAUUACACAGGGGAUAGUCCAUUUACAUUUAUACAUGUAUAUCAUUUAUCACCUUUUAUCUGUUUUUUUGACAAAAAAUAAUAAUAUGCUUCUUAUAUGUUAUAUAGAGCACUGAAUAUUUCCGAAUGACAUAUCAGGUAAUAUCUUUCGAAAAUAUAUUAUUGUUUGUUGAAACUUAAAAGUGACUUGAAAAUAAGAUGGUUGUAUUGAAACAAAUAAAAUAGUAAUAAAAAGUUAACGUGGUUGUCACCAAUAAAAUUUACGUGGGAAGGUUAUUUUAAGAAACUUGGCUCAUAGAGAGAGCGUUGGCUGUUGAGGAUUUCUCUGUAUUUUUUUUAUGGAGAUAAAAUAAUUAUUUCUUACAUGUGUAAUUAAGUACUAAGUAGAGAUACUAUUCAAAUACAAAUAUAUACAAUUCUUGCUGGUAUGAGCAUAUUCAACGGUUAGAGAGCAAAAGUUUCUAAUAAAAUAAAUAUUAACAUUUCAACAUAUAAUUAAACAUAUACUGUAAUUGUUUUUUUUUCUUAACUCAAGUUAGUCUCAUAUAUAGAAAUAGUAUCUACAGUAUGAUUUUCUAGUGAUUUUAACAAAGUCUCAUCUUUAAAGAUUGAAUCUCAUUUUUAUAUUUUUAUUAUAAGAAUUUCAAUGAGAAAUCUUCAAUGGAACUGCUGUAAUAGUACUGCUUAAACACAACUGGAAGUUUUUGUUUUUUGUUUUUUUUAUAGUGGUAUUUUAAAAGAAGGAUACUGUAAAACAGUUGAAUGUUGGGAUCACUGAAAACAUAUUCUGCCAAGGUAUUAAAGAAAUGGAAUCUUGGAAAUGAAAGAAGUAGAUAGAUAGCGAACAGUAAAGAAGGGCGGUGACUACGUAGACCUUGACGCAAGAACAUUAGCCCAUAUAUAUACAGUUCUCUUGUCUCCGCUACAUCAUAUGUUCAUACAUACUUACAACUCAAACAAAUACAGUUCCGCGACGGUCGAUAAAUGUGUGAUCCCACUAGAGACGAUGGCUCUAGCCAGAGCGGCUUGGUUCGUAAGGAAAAAAGGGCGUAUUUUCAGAGAGAAUGGAAUUCGUUCGAUGUAAUGAGUACGUUAACCGUUACGAUUGUGCACUUGUUGUGUCUCUUGGCGCCAUUUAACUAUAAGUGGGAAGCUUUACGGUUCGGUCUGGUGCUCUUCGCGGUUGUUCAGCUCGGCAUCACAUUUUCAUACCAUAGGAACUUGUCUCACCGGAGCUUCAAGCUGCCAAAAUGGCUCGAAUAUCCUUUCGCCUAUUCUGCUGUCUUUGCUCUUCAGGGCGAUCCGAUGGAUUGGGUGAGCAUACAUAGGUUUCAUCACCAGUUCACAGAUACAGACCGUGACCCACAUAGCCCUACCGAAGGGUUAUGGUUCAGCUAUGUCUUGUGGAUAUUUGACACUCGUUACAUCAAAUAUAAGUGUGGAAGACGCAACAACGUGAUGGAUUUGAAGCAACAAUGGUUCUAUAGGUUUUUACGAAAGACAAUUGGUUUCCACGUCUUAAUGUUUUGGACCGUCCUCUAUCUCUACGGUGGUUUACCUUACCUUACUUGCGGCGGGGGAGUUGGAGUUACGAUCGGGUACCAUGUGACAUGGCUCGUAAACUCGGUAGGCCACAUUUGGGGUUCAAGGUCGUGGAAGACUAAAGACACAUCUCGUAACGUUUGGUGGCUAAGCUUAUUUACAAUGGGAGAUAGUUGGCACAACAACCACCAUGCGUUUGAAACAUCAGCGAGGCAUGGCUUUGAGUGGUGGCAGAUAGAUAUCACCUGGUACCUCAUUCGAUUAUUUGAGAUUCUUGGAUUAGCCACUGAUGUGAAAUUACCUUCAGAGUUCCAGAAACAGAAGAUGUCUCUCGCCUGUUCAUCUUGAUUUCAAAACAUGAAAUGCAUGCACGAGAGAUAAUGUAAGAGGAAACUGAAGAUUGUUUAAUAGUUCUUUAUUGGGUGUUUUUUGAAAUAAGGAAUGUUAGUCCAAGGUUUCACAUUCAUAUUUUAUGUUUACUAUGGUUUUAAGUUAAUAAUCAGAAAAUAAUAUGUUUAUAUU